UGCAGAAUUACCAUUAUGUUUUUCAUUGAAACAUUUUCUACGAUGGAAACGCAGCUGUUUUCUCAGUGCGGCAACUUAAACGGAAAAUACCAUGUAAAAGAUAAUCGAAUCAGUUGUGGCGUUGCCAGACAGUCGGCCUGACUUGCAUUCGUCGGUUGUCAGGGCGAUUUUUGAAAAAUGCAAACAAAUCGUUAAUUCGGGUUUGUGGCAAUGUGAUGCGUUUGCCGCAAUUUAUGCUCGACUUGCAAAAGAAACUGCACAAAAUGUUUGAGAAGAGCAAUGAGAACAGCUUAAGUGCCACGCAUCCAAGCAGCAUCCAAGAGAUUGCCGGCCGUCUGUCCGAGGAGCAGCAAAGAUUGCGUCAAGUGGAGGCAACAACGGCGCCCAAGGAGCGGACUCUAUUCGUGCUGGGCAGCAAGUGUGUGGGCAAAUCGGUGGCGAUUAACAAGUUCUUCGACCGGGAUGAGCAGACGACGCGUCCAACUCUGGCCUUGGAAUACAGUUAUGGUCGUCGCAUGGGCAGCGGCAGAUCGGCGCAGGUGCUGAACGUGUGGGAGCUGGGAUCGCUGGACAAUGCCGAGCAGCUGCUCGAGGUGCCGAUGCGAACGCACGGCCUGCAGCAGUUGGCCGCCUUCAUCAUGAUCGAUCUGUCGCAGCCGCAGCGAGUCUGGGCGGAUCUCGAGUGCGCCUACCGAGGACUGAGGGACACUGCCCAGCGCCUGCUGCAGCUGGCAACGCCUCAGCUGCGGGAGCAGUUGCAGCGACGCGCUCUGGAACGGGUGAAGCAUGUGCCGCAGGAUCAGUUGAAUAGCCUGGAACUGUUGCCAUUUCCCGUUGUUAUUGUGGGUGGCAAAUAUGACAUAUUCAUGGACUUGGAGCCGGCACUGAAGAAGCACAUCUGCCGCUGCUUGCGCUCCAUGGCGCACCUGAUCGGCGGCGCCCUGCUCUUCUAUUCGCACAAACUGCCCAAGCUGGCCAAGGUGCUGCGGGACACCAUCAGCCAUCUGGGCUUUGGCAGUCCAACGAAUCCGUUUCGCGGCCAUGUCACCGAUUACAAUGAGGCACUGUCGAUUUGGUUUGGCACGGACAGCUGGACUCAGAUUGGCACUGGGGAGGCGGGCGGUUCCUGUUUCAGUGUGGAGCGCAUUGGUGCCACACUGAGUGUGGAGGUGCCACAGCUGCUGUUGGAGAAACAGAAACAACAAUUGCCACAGGAUCCGGCCAAGGAUGCUGGCUUCAGGGAGUCCCUGAUUGAUGAGAUGCGCGCCCAAAAGGAUCGGGAACUUGCCACAAUUAUGCGGGAUGCCGCGUUGCGUGGCAAAUUCGAGAGUGUGCACGGCUAAAAUCACAGAUUGCAAAACAACCAAUAAAUCGAAUUUCUUUUCUACACAUUUCAAUUGAAAAAUGGUAAAAAAUUAUGUACUCCAAAUAAAGUUGACAAUUACUUUUCAAGCAGCAAACA